AUGGGUCUUAAUAUAAGUGGCACUAUUGAUCGUGCUCGCCAUCCUGAACGUUAUCCAGAUAAAUCAAAAGGACCUACAUUUGAUCCGAUGUAUGGUUUUGCUGACGGGCGAAAACCGAAAGUUGCACCAUAUACUGAAGAAGAAAUGCAAACUUUAAAUAUUCCUAUCGAAAAACGCGAUUAUUGUGCUCAUUAUUUUCGUGCUGUUAUGCUAUGCACACAACAGUAUUGGCCCUCACAAUAUGCAUACUGUGAGCCAGAGCGACAUGCAUGGGAUCAAUGUGAAAUAAAAAAUAAAAUUGAUGAUGCGAAAGAAUACGAACGAGAAUUACGUUUACGUCGACGUCGAUUACGUAAAGAAGAACAAACUAAACAUAACCCAACACAUACUGACGAGACGACUAUAUUAAAUUUAAAAACAAAACGAGUUAUGGACAAACGAUUAGAAGCAUUAGUUGAAAGCGCAAUCGAAAAAUUUUCAAUGGUUGGGGUUGAUAUAAAAGGUGUGUUGGUCUGUGAUAAGAGUGGAUUAACAUUGACCAGUAAAGAUGUUACAGUAUCGCCUGGGCCAAUAGCAUGUCUAGCUGAUUUAGCAGCGUCUUUAUCAGGUCGACGAACGACGAUCUGUCUUGAACAUAAUGAAAAUCAAGUACUAAUUCAUCAAGCAGAUAAAGCAGUAGUUGCCGUCUAUACAAACAAUGCUACAUGA